CAGUUCACUAAUUGAUGUCUAGUUACCAAUUCGAAGUAAUUGUUAUCACCAGUUUGGCGUUGCUCACAUUCGAAGUUUGUCUCGUUUUAAUCCCCAAAGUCGCACGGGAGUGCGCUGCGCGUCGCCGUUUAUUUUCUUCUCUGUGAAGGCGGCAAAGGAGCGCCAGUCCUUGAGCUUAACAUUUCCAUUAAUCGGUUUCAUUGCAUUUUCAGAAAGCGCCCGUUUUACCCAACAGAUAAUAACAGUACAAUAUUAAACCGCAACAACAACAGGAGCACGAGGGCGAGUUGAGGUGUAGUCUGUUACGGUUGAGCAAGAUGGAGAUCCCGGCGUAUUGCCCGUCGGUGUGCCAGCUGUCUUUGCGGGAGCUGUUGGAGUUACAAGAGCAUCCCCUUACCGAGGAGCAAGCGUGGGCUCUGUGCUAUCAACUCUGCUGCCUGAUGAUCAACGAGCAACACCGGCACGGUUCCUGGAAGCCCCUCCGCCUGCGAGGGUCCGAGAGCGUCUUGGUGAGGAAGGAUGGCACAGUCUACUUAAAAACGGAGGAAGCAUCUCGGGAUGGUAUUGAGUUGCUGACAGAAGAUCAGGCUGUUGACUAUCUGGGCAGGCUAAUCUACUCUGGCCUGGACUGGGGUUUAGCUGAAGAUGUUGAACGGAAUCUUGGAGAGAUGCUGGAAAGUCUCAUUUACCAGAUGACGAAGUUACAUGCCAACCAGAGAACACCUGGUGAACCUGUGCAGCCCAUAGCCACUUUUUAUGAAGUGGCUCAGGUGUGUGAAGCACGCCUAUACAGUCCAGCAAAAGCUGAACAUCAUUACCGGGCUAUUUGCUCUAUUUUAUUUGCCGAGACCAUUGACCUCUGCCAAUAUCUUAAUAAAAUUCAGAAUACAAAAAAGACUUUGCAGAAGCUCAUCAGUAUUCCAGAAAACACUAGAGUGGCUCCUGCUGGUGCUAACUGGGUUUUUUCUUGGAAGUACGUGAUUGAUGAGCUGCGCAAGGGUGUAAGGCUGCGGUCGAGGAAGGAGUAUCCAAACUCCAGUACGCCUUUACCAGUGGAGCUGUCUCCUUUUGAAAAGCUAUUAAAUGACAUUCGGGGCAAGAGGUAUACAUUACGCAAAGUGAAGACAGUUGGUAAUCUACAGCGACAGAUGAGUCCUCGCAGAGGAUUUAUGGACUGCCUUCAUCAGAGUUCCUCUUUGAGGCCAGCAAACGACAGAAGGUUAAAAAUGCGUCCUAGUAACGAAACAAGUCUGCACCAUUGUCUCAUGAUGGAAAUCCGCUCUGCUGGGAAGCUGCGACCUCUUGCCUCAAGAUUGAGGAGAGCUGCUUAUCAAGAUUCAUCUGGGCCUUCCCCAAACUGCAUCUUCUCCCUCUGUUCAUCUACGCAGGAAGAAUCUCUGUCCGAAGAUCUGCCACAACUAAGGAGCUUUGAUUCUGAGGAAAACUGUCAGUCCUUUGAGUUUAGUGAUGGCAAAUUGUCGGACAACAUGAGUAGCCACACAGAUCUCAAAUUUUUCCCUGCAUUGUCCUCUUCACCCCUGGACUCGCAGUAUGACCUUUCUGAUCAAAGAAGCCGAUCUAAAUCACUGGACAGCAGCACCAGUGAGCUCAACCAGGACAACUCUGCUGCUGGCACCUCUGUUACUCUUGCUGAUGUUAUCAAUAUCCGAAAGGCAGAUAUGGCAAAUGUAAUGGAUUCAUACAGCAGCUGCUGGAAUAAGAGGCUGUGUUCCAACUGCUUUAAACGAAGUCUCUUUUUCACUUGGCAUAAUAUCUGCCACUUCUGCAACAGGGUUGUGUGUCCUGACUGCUGCUUGGAGAUGCUCCUACCAUCUAAAACUUUUGUAAAUCUUCCAGUUAGUUUUUUCAAGAGACUUAUUCUCAGCCAUGAGGAUGUGGCUGAUCAGAACCAGAACUUCUGGAAGGCAAGAUGGGAGUGGGACUGCUCAAGUGUCCCUUUAGUGCUGGAAUCCCAAAGUUUUACCAAAGCUACCCCGCACCACAGACUGGCCAUGAAGGACUGGUACAGUAAGGAGCUCUGCGUCGGUUGCAAAGACUUCCUCCUCGAUGCCUGUGACUCCCUCAUCCUGCCAGCCAUUCCUAAAUCUAAGCCAACAAAAGAAAUCUAAUCCCGCCUUUUAUGUGUAUAUGCGUUUCUAAUUUUUUUUUUUUUUCCUCCCCCCAAUGGCUCCCUUUUUCUUUCAGGUAUUGGCAGUGGUUGAUUUUUGUAUGUCUUGCACCUAAACAGAUACUUAACACUUUACUUUUGCACCUCAUGUCACCAUCUCAUUUGAGUUUUCAUUUUGGAAUUAUGCACUGUAUUAAAGUGGAUAAACCGUAUCGGAUCUCACACGGUUAUCUUCACAUUAAGCUGCACUGAGUUUUCAAUGCACUUCUGUUUGUCCUGUGUGAAAUGGCAAAAUUGUACUGGUUGUAUAGCUUUUUAUGUGAGCCUUUUUAAUGUAUUUUUAUAUUUAUUUGUAUUUAAAAGUGAAUAUUAAACAUCAUAUUUCUGAA